UUAACAGCAACUAUAAUGAAAUCCUGAUAUUUCUGAACUAGAAGCGUUUUCUAAGGGAUGGGAUUACUGGGUUGACAAUUUCUCUUAAUCUGAAAAAAAAAAAAAUCCAUCUUCCUUCUUCCCUCCCUCCCUCCCUCCCCCCAUCCCCUUUCAGUCUUCUUCCAUCCCGAGAGACGCACGAAGACUCUGACCGUUUUUAUUUGAGUGGAAAGUUGAAAGAGAGCAACACACCGGCUGCACCCAUCCAGCGCUCCUUGGGGUGGAAUAGCAAAGUUCUAGGGCACAGCCUUCCUGCCCGGAGCCGGCGAGGCAGCCGCUCUCCGCUACCUGCUCAGCUUCACGCCGCCUCUGAAGGUCCGCCCGCCGCGGAACAGUUGCGUCUCCAUCUGGCUGCCAACCCACCCAAGCUUUCUUCUCCUCCACCACCACCACCUUCCCUCCUUCCCCCCUCCUCCCCCUCCUUUCCGUCUUCCCUCUCCACCCCCGCCCCCAAUCUCCUCCUCUUUUUCUCACUACAAGCGGUUGCUGAUGCUGAAGCCGAGCGUCACUUCGGCUCCCACGGCAGACAUGGCGACAUUGACAGUGGUCCAGCCGCUCACUCUGGACAGAGAUGUUGCCAGAGCAAUUGAAUUACUGGAAAAACUACAGGAAUCUGGAGAAGUACCAGUGCACAAGCUACAAUCCCUCAAAAAAGUGCUUCAGAGUGAGUUUUGUACUGCUAUUCGAGAGGUGUAUCAAUACAUGCAUGAAACGAUCACUGUUAAUGGCUGUCCUGAAUUCCGUGCCAGGGCCACAGCAAAGGCAACAGUUGCAGCUUUUGCAGCUAGUGAAGGCCACUCCCACCCUCGGGUAGUCGAACUGCCAAAGACUGAUGAAGGCCUUGGUUUUAACGUGAUGGGAGGAAAGGAGCAAAAUUCCCCCAUUUAUAUCUCUCGCAUCAUUCCUGGAGGGGUGGCCGAAAGACACGGAGGCCUCAAAAGGGGAGACCAGCUGCUAUCAGUGAACGGAGUGAGCGUGGAAGGGGAGCACCACGAGAAAGCGGUGGAGCUGCUCAAGGCUGCUAAAGACAGCGUCAAGCUGGUGGUCCGCUACACCCCCAAAGUCCUGGAAGAAAUGGAGGCGCGCUUCGAGAAGCUCCGCACGGCCCGGCGCCGGCAGCAGCAGCAGCUGCUCAUUCAGCAGCAGCAACAGCAGCAGCAGCAGCAAACACAGCAGAACCACAUGUCCUAGGUCCUUAAAGAGAAGCUACCUGAUUGAAGAUCUGAUAGUCACAAAUUCGAAACCGGGCUUCCGAAUCCCAGCACAUAGUAAAAGGAAGAGACCACAUUGAUAAUUAUACCUGUCAAGAAGCUGUGAACACGUGGUGUAUGAAUUCUUUACCAAGGCGACUCGACACCGUCUUUCUCUGGGGCUGAAUCCCACUGCUCACGCACUCUUUACACACACAGACCUUCCAUUCGCUGCAGUGGGAAUUCUCAGUGUGUAAAGGGAGAGGUUUUCCAGUCUGCAGACUGAAGUUGUACAAGAAGAAUCAAGUCCAUGACUUUCAGAUAAAUCACCAGGCCAAGACAAAGUGAAUCUUUGGUCUAUAGCUUUUCCAGAGAUGAACGAAACCCUCAUUAGGCUAUAUUUCAAACUGUAUCAGUUCAAGGUUGUUAUCACUUACAAGAAACCUACGCAGGGUACCCAUACCCUGACCUUGUCCACAUCCAUAUUGCUGAAUUGUCCGAAAUAGAAUUCCAGUUAAUUGCAAAUUUAGCAUUUAUCCAUCUCCCUCUUCAAAAUGGCAAGUUGUGCUAUUGAUACUCUCUUCAGGUUCUAGAAGCAACUGGCUUUUUAUUUUCUGUCUGCAUGAAUUUAAUUAUGCAUUAAUGGAGUGCAACAAUUUUUGCCCAACUUUUGAUUUGCUAGAGGCAAGGGAAGACAACUCUCAUAGGGUAUUUUUUUUUAAAUUUAAGUAUUGCUUUUAUCUAUGAUUAUUAAUUCUAACAGAAUAUAAUGUAUAUUUAUUCCACACAAUAUAUAUUAUCAGAGUGUAUUUGCUACAAACUGAGGUAUUCUCUUACCAAAUGUUACCAAUCUGGUAAGACAACACUAGCAACAGACCUAGCUUUUGGUUAAGUUUUAUAUUUUUUGAUUGAUAAACUCUGGAGAAAUCUAAACUCUUUCUACCUAUACCGAUACGUCGUUAUAGAAAUUUAUUUAAUAUUUUAAAGCUGAGAGCUUUACAAAGCUCAAUUAUGAUAUGUGUUCAUAUAUAUAUAUAUACACACAAAUACAUAUGUCACACAAUGUUUAGAUCAGUUUCCCCAAAGAUAAACUGGACAUUUUUGGCAAUCUAAGACCAAAAGUAUUACUCCUUUUAAAAUUAUGCAGCUGUAAACCAGGAUAUAAUAUUGUAAAUGAAAAGAAGCUGUUCCUUCUAGAGGGAAAAAAAAAGCCUCGUUCAUUACACAUAUUCAUGUAGGAAAAUAGACAAGGAGAUACAUCUUUCAGGAAGUAUCAGUUGCUGGAAAAUGAUCUGUUAGGAGCCCCCUAUACAGAUCAUCCCUUUUGACUUAUGAUAAAUCUAAGCACAUAAAUUGACUUUACUCAAUGGAAUGAAUAGGAAGCAAUAAUCAUUUAGGCACUUAAAUAACUUAGGCACAAAAAUGUACCUGAAAAAAGAAUAAAUGUUUCAGCUGAAACAUUCUAGAAAGAGCGUUGAAACUGAGACAAAUAUUUGGAUGUUCCCUUUUCUCAAAUGCAGAAAUUGAUUCCCCAACAUAAAGUUUACAUUUCAGAUAGUUUACAUUUCAGAUACAUUUCCCCAAAUUAGAAAUCGAUGAAGCUCUGUUCAAGAGCUAUUGCUUGAAAACAAGAUAAAACCAGUCAGAAUAAAAUAAAACCACACAUUUUCUUUUGCCCUGCCAAGGGGUAGUAUUGUCAAUACCAAGUUCUGCCUGUUCUUCACAACACAUCACCCAGCAGAGAGCAAAGAGCGAGGAAGCUAGGAGCUACACCAAUUUCAACAACCUUCUUGUAAACAUAUCAUUUUUUACUGGAGAAAACGGGGGUGGGGGAGGGGAGGGAGGGCAAAGGGAGGGAGGACCCUGAAUGUUAUGUAAAAUAGGUUUACAAAAGAGAUAAGCAUGACUAAAGGGAAUGAAUGGAGACUACGCGUGAGUAUUACUCAGUUUGAAAGAGGUAGUUCUCAUUUUUAUAAGAAAAAUUUAAUAAAACAUAUAUUUUAGUUAUCAUUUAA